GCCAUUGUGGAUAUUCACCGUUCUAGUGACUGCAUACAGUGGACGAAAUAAACUAUUCCACCUGAGGCUGCAAAAGCACCGAAUAGAAAGAGUCUUGAUGUCCAUGACAUUUUGUUUUUUUUCUGUUUUAUCACGAUUUUUGAAGCACCCCCGAACUUAUCAUGUCGCCGCCAUUGUUUUCAUCACGUGGGCCUCGAGUCUCGACCUGCACGACUACAUAAUCGAUUCUAAUUCGAAUCGAUAUGAACCGCCGCAGCCUUCAGCCAGCAAUUAGCUGUGAACGUACAAUGUAAUUAUUUUAUUAGUCUUCAUUAUAGCAAAAUACAAAUUAACUGAAUGUUUAAGACAACGAGUUUCUCGUUUAUUAAACAUGGGACGCAAUGGUGAAUGAUUUUUGAGACUAACAAAGAGUUUUAAGCCAUGAAAUCUCAAAAAAUUGAGAGACAUGUCGCAUUGUUUGGCACUCGGAACAGCUGUUCCAGACUCGUUUGAAUGCAGCCAACUUAAGAGGUGUUGUUAACGUAAUAUCGCGCAACGUGAUAUCGAAUUAUUUUUUGUCCGCAAAUAAAUGGCGUGCCUAUGAAUUCAAAGAGAAUCAAUUCAGACGAUCUGAAAAUCAGUAAAAGACUCUGCUAUCUACUUCGUCAUGGGGCUGUAAGUGAGGGUCUCCACAUAAAUCCGGAUGGUUUCGUUGUCCUAGACGAAGUCUUGCGAAAACUACCAGAGUGCACAAUCGCCGAUAUCAGGCGAAUCGUUUCCACGAACUCUAAACAACGGUUUACCAUAAUAGACGAAGAGGAUAAAGGUCUACAGAUAAAGGCGAACCAAGGUCACUCUUUGCAGUGUGUCAGCCAACUCUCUCUGAAACCUUUGAUCAGUCCAAAUUUCGAGAUAAUUCAUAGUACAUACCUCAGGAAGUGGAGUAUUAUCAAAACAAGAGGAUUAUCUCGUAUGAAGAGAAACCAUAUUCACUUCUCCAAAGGCUUGAAUUUUACCUGCGGCUUGAGGAGAAACGCCGAAGUAUUCAUCUUCAUAAAUUAUUCCAAAUCGGUCGAGAAGGGAAUUCAAUUUUUCGAAUCUGAGAAUGGAGUUAUCCUCAGUCCAGGAGACGAGGACGGAGUGAUAGAGCCCACGUAUUUUUCAAAAGUUGUGACGAGUGAUAACAAGUUAUUAAUGAAUUUGGAUUGA